AUCACCAAAAACACCAACCCAACAAACUACAUUUGACCCUUUUUUUUUAUCCCAACGAAUCAGCUGGACAUUUUCCUCUAUAUACUUCAUUGUCCUUCCUUCCUUCUGUCAGGAAGGGCAGAGACAGAGGCCAAUUAAUAAAGCCCUCUCUUUUCUUCUCCCCAUACAAACAAAUUGUGUUUUUAAUUUGUUUGUGUACGUACGUACCCUACCCCUAAUUAAACAAACACCAACGAUGGGAUUCAAGCUCUACCUGAUCACCCUCAUGGUGGUCUUGGCCAUGGUGGCUAGGUCAUCGGCCAAGGUCCACGAUGCCUCGUGGACUCUCAGCCACUUCGGCGAUCACGAUGAUGAGUCGUUGCUCGACAGCGCCAACAGCAAAGUCGGCGACUUGAUUGGAGAGGAGAAUGAGAUGAUGAUGGAGUCAGAGAGCACUCGUAGGACACUCAGAGGCCGCGGCACGAGGUACAUUGGCUAUGGUGCCCUGAGACGCAAUGCUGUUCCAUGCGGACGCCGCGGUCGGUCUUACUACAACUGCCAAGGAAGGCAGAGGGCUAACCCUUACAAGCGCGGUUGCCGGUACAUCACCCGCUGCGCCAGACGCUAAAUCUGAUCGAUGAUCGAUUUUAUCCAGUUAAUUAACAUGGCCAUAAAGGGUACGUACGUACAAGGAUAUAUAGCGAAGAGAGAAUGAAAGUGGGAUCACUCAUCGAUCAUCACCAUGAUCAUCAUCAUCAUUUAUGCCUGUAAGAUUUAUAUAAUUAAUUUCCUCCUUUGGUGUUUUAAUUUAAAAGAAAAAUAUUAAGUGAAUGUGUUGGUUUAUAUGCCUAUUAUUAUUAUUAUUAUUAAGGAAGAAAUGAAAAUCAAGAUAUAUAUAAUUCGGUACGUAUGUUUUAAAUAAAAUGAGGAAUCAGGAUUUCUUUUAUUUUUUUUAUUUUUUUCUUCUGGAGCUUAUUAAUUUUCCAGUGUUCUUGGGAAUAGCAUGCAUGCAUGCAUGCAAAUUACGUAGAACCAAUGAGGCCAAUAGCCCUUGAUAAUUAAUUGUAUUGCAUGCUUUUCCACAUUGGAUUAGUUCUCCUCUACUUGCAUCUGGAAAU